AUGUCUGAUGCUCCUCGGCCAGCCCUCAAGCUCAAGCUGGGCAAGAAAAAGGCCCCGGAGCCCUCCCCAGCACCAGCUGAGCCUUCGCCUGCGCCCUCUGAGACUCCCCAGCGAAAGCUCACCCUGAAAAUCGCACGCAAACCCCAACCAGAGCCCGAAGAACCGAAGCCCAAAAAGAAAAAGCCAUCGAAGAAGCGCGCAGCAGAAAAUGCCGAGCAACCCCCACCCGCGCCUUCCGUGCAGGGGCCCAAACGACUGAAACUGAACCCGUCCAAGAAGCCCGGGCUGCAGUCCAUUCGCAUCAAGAACAAGGGGGUGGUCCCCAACCGACCCGUCGGUGUGGGUUACGAUUCUGAGGCCUCUGAUACCGAGAUCGAUCCGGCUAUCGAAGAACAGUUUAUUCUGCGCAUGCUCCCUGGAGAGGACUGCGAUUAUCUACGACAAGCAAUCAACGAAAGGAAGUUCGACAAGUCCGAGUUCGCGUUCAAGCCCCUCACCCGGGAAGGGCGGCGCGCCAUUCUGAAGAUACGGGACAAACAGUACGCCGCAGCGCUGGUGGACCUACCCAACAUCAUUGAGGGAAUGAAGAGUUGGGAUCGUCGAGGAUGGUACAAGUCGGCGGACAUUUGCCAGAUGCUUUUGGUUCUGGGGACAGUUUCCAGCGAUCAAGAAGCCUUGGAAUUCCCCUUACCACCGGAAGUUGAGCGCUCAGACGAGAUAACACUUCAGUAUCCACAUGGGUUGGCGCCACCCUUACGAUGGGUGCGAAAGCGACGUUUUCGUGACCGUGUUAGCACGCGCACCAUCCAACAGGCUGAGAACGCAGUGGAGGACCUGAUUGCACAGGAUGAGCAUUCUAUCUUUCCACCGCGGUUUGAACUGGUGGACAAUACAUCGCUCAACCGCGUCGAGGGGCUUGGGCAGGCCGAGUAUGAGGAAUACGACGACGAGCAAGAUGCCGAGGGCGAGGAGGAUAUGAUGGACGAUCUCGAAGAUGCUCUUGCCGCCGAAAUGGAAGCUGCUCUGGCUGCUGGGGAUGAUGAGGGCGCCACAGUACCAGUUCCUGAGCACCUAGCAGGCACUCCAUCCGUAAAGACGGCGGCCGAACCGCCAACAGAUCAAGCCGAAUCAUCAGGAGACGAGAGCGACAUGUCCGAUGAGGGCGGCGACGAACCGGAAGACGACAUGGAUGAUGACCAGCUCGAAGAGCAACGUGAAAACCAGCAGCAGCUCGAAGAGAUCGCAGAGUUGGAGGCACUCAUUCGGAAUGAAACGGCUCAAGCUCAAAAGGUGCAGAACCAUAUCCUGCGGAACAAGAUGGGCCGGCGCAUCCAAGAGUUGAAGAAGGAUUUGGAGUUGAAGAAAGUCUCGAUCGGCAUGUCAGGAGACGCUGAUAUUUAA